GUGUUAAAUGUCUGACUAAAAACUUUGUUUUCACACAUCAUAAAAUGGUUGAUGCACGAAGUGCUCGAAUUAUAUUGUUCAUUUUACUUUAUAGAUUAACAGCAUGUCAACGUACACAUUUUGACCCAAAAAUAAAUAUGUCGGACAUGUUUAUGUUGGGCGAUGAAGUUAAUGGUUUCAGUUUUAAUGAGGACCAACUAAUGAAAUAUAUGAGGCCGCUCGACAGAGGACCUUAUUUUGACACAACUGCCACAAAAAACGUGACUUCUCUCGUUGGCAAAACGGGUCAUCUUAACUGCAGAAUCAAAAAUCUCGGCAAUAAAACGGUAUCUUGGAUACGACACAGAGACUUGCACCUUUUGACUGUGUCUGAGAGCACUUACACAUCGGACCAAAGAUUUUCAGCAAUUUACAAUAAGCAAACUGGCGACUGGUCCUUACAGAUUAAAUAUCCUCAAAUAAGAGAUUCCGGAGUUUAUGAGUGUCAGGUAUCCACGACACCUCCAGUUGGAUAUACAAUGAUCUUCUCUGUUGUAGAGCCAAUAACAACAAUUCCGGGUGGUCCCGAGUUAUACAUCGAUUUGGGAUCAACAGUUAAUUUAACUUGUAUUGUGAAACAUCUGCCAGAUCCACCAUUAAUGGUGCACUGGACUCACAAUAAUCAGGAGAUUAACUACGAUUCUGCAAGGGGAGGAGUUUCAGUUAUAACUGAAAAAGGUGACAUUACAACAUCUUAUCUUUUAAUUCAGCGUGCUCAAAUUUCUGAUUCUGGAAGAUAUUCUUGCUUGCCGUCAAACGCAAAUUCGCAAUCAGUAAAUGUUCACAUAUUAAAUGGAGAUCACCCAGCUGCAGUACAACGAGCGAAUUCAUUCGUAGGAUUAAGUUUAAACGAGUUAGUGCUGAUAAUGAUUUUUGCACAUAUUUAGGUAUAAGUUCACAAAAUUGUUCUUUUUGUAAAUAUAUAUGUAUUACUUAUCCAAAUAAUAAUAAUAAAUUAG